AUGACCUCCAUAGCGGCUGACCCUCAGUCCGUUGGCGAGAAGCCCGCCAAGAUCGCCGUCCUCAUCGACGCCGAGAACGCUUCCCCCAGCAUGGCCAGCGCCCUGCUCGCCGAGAUCGCCAAGUACGGCACGCCCUUCGUCAAGCGCGCCUACGGCGACUGGACCGGCAGCCUGCUCAACGGCUGGAAGGAGAGGCUUCUCGAGAACUCUAUCCAGCCGAUCCAGCAGUUCUCGUAUACCCAGGGCAAGAACUCCAGCGACGCGGCCAUGAUCAUCGACGCCAUGGACCUGCUGUACACGCGGCGCUUCGACGCCUUCUGCCUCGUCACCAGCGAUAGCGACUUUACCCGCCUCGCCUCGCGCAUCCGCGAGUCUGGACUCGUCGUCUACGGGUUUGGCGAGCGCAAGACGCCCCAGCCGCUGGUCACCGCCUGCGACAAGUUCAUCUACCUCGACAACCUGUCGCUGCCCGUCCACGUCGGCGGCGGCGCCUCGACGCUCAAGGAUGCCACCGCCGCGACGAACAAGGAUGGCGCCGCCGCGACGCAGAGAGACGUCGCCACCGCCGCAGCGCAGGAGGAUGCCGUCGCGACGCAGCGCGUCCACGUCGCCUCGGAGGGCAGUGCCGUGACGCACAAGGACGCCGCUGCUGCUACUCAUAGGGAUGGCGCCGCAGCGCAGGGUGCUGCCGCGAAGCAGCCCAUUCCCGCGCCGACCUUCAUCAAGAGCGCGAUCAAGGCCGUCUCCGACGACGACGGGUGGGUCAACGUGGCGCGUCUCGGAGGGCUCAUCACCAAGUGGCAGCCGGACUUUGACCCGCGCAGCUUCGGCUUCGAGAAGCUCAGCCUGUUGCUCAACGAAUACCCGUUUGUGGAAACCACGCAGCGUUUUCCCGCGCAAGGUAAGCCGCCCGUACUGUACGUGCGGGUCAGGGGGCGGGUGAACAAGUGA